CAUGUCUGGCCCUCCUUCCCAUGAGCAUCUCUCUCGGCAACCUUUGUUCAGCUGUUGAGUUCCAGGAAUGCCACAAUGGCACACUCGUUCCCCGCCCACUGACACUCGGCUCACUAUUUGCUCUUGGCCCCGCCCAGUUUUCAAGGAGCUAAAAAGGCCCGCGGCAGGCGCAAAAUUUCAGACCUGUCGCUGGGAGUCGUUGUUAUCAGGUGGCACCCAUCUUCUCGGCUAACUAUCGCGCCACACCAGCGCGUGAGGUCACCGUCACCCCGAAGAAGCGAGAAAUGAUUCCGGCGGCCCGUCAAUCUGCCAUGCCUUGCUGCUUGUUUCGUGCGGCGACGUUGAUAGUCAUCGCGUUCCUUCAUCUGGGCGCAGCAGCCUCGGUCGCCCGUCCAGCCGCCAAGGGCAAUGGAAGCACUCCUAUAUUCGACGCUGCCACGGACGCUGACAACCAUGUGUUUGCCAGAGACACCAAGAGAACCGCCGGCAACGGAGCCGAUGGUCGAGAAGACUUCGCCAACCAGGAGCGGCUCGCCAGUUACACUUCCGCCAUCGCCUCUUACAACUCAACCGGAGCUCUGCUACGGCGCAAGCGAACCCACCAUCAUCACCACCACCACCAUCACAUCCACGCCGGCCACCACGACCAAGGUGACGUCGGUUUGCCCCAGCGGUUCGACAACGCCCUGUACAGGGCCGUCGGCUUUCUAGACUCCAACACCUGCGUGUCGAGGCUCGUGUGCGAGGUUGUGGCCCGCCGCGGGGCGCGCAGCUUCAUCGGCACAACCGUCGGAAGCAUAUUCGCGGGACUGUCGCACGCGCCCCCGUCGAGUCCCGCCCACGCUCUCUGGCGCGCCGCAGCCAUCGGCAAGCACGGCUGGCUGCCCGUGUGCUCGAGUGCCUUUCCCCAGUGCUCGUCCCCCUUGUCUACCAUCUUUUCGAUACUCAAUGUCAUUGGAUAACGUUCUCGAUUAAUAAAAAAGUGUGUU